AUGAAAAUUUGCUUUCGAAUUAAUAAUAAGCAUUUUGAAGUGGACGGCAAGUUUGGUCCUGAUGUGUCGCUCAACGAGUUCAUCAGGAAUGUGGCGGAACUCCGAGGUACGAAGGCGAUGUGUCACGAGGGCGGCUGUGGAGCCUGCGUCGUCGCCGUCAGAGCAGCGAUACCGCCCAACAACGAAAUGAAGAUAUUCUCAGUCAAUUCUUGCUUAGUGUCGGUGCUUUCGUGUCAUGCAUGGGAAAUAACAACAGUGGAAGGAUUAGGAAAUAGGCUUACCGGUUACCAUGAUAUCCAAACCAGAUUAGCCAAGUUUAAUGGUACACAAUGUGGAUACUGCACUCCUGGAUGGAUUAUGAAUAUGUACAGCAUCCUUGAAACAAAGAAGGCAGAUUUAACAACUCAGGAAAUUGAAAAUUCAUUUGCCAGUAACAUUUGUCGCUGUACAGGUUAUAGACCAAUAGCAGACGCUUUGAAAACUUUCGCUAAAGACGCAGAUAGAGAACUAUUAGAUAAACUAUCAGACAUAGAAGAUUUGGGGAAUAAAGCACUCAGACUCAAAUGCACUGAGGAACAAAGAAAUGUGUGCAGCGAUAAUAAAUCUUGUGCUUUUACAAAUAAGGAUCUAAAUUCGAAAACUCUAGAUGAUUGGUGUUUCCUAGAUGAUAUCGCCACAAAAAUGAUUGUAAUAGAUUGUGGUGAUCAUACUUGGUAUAAAUGUUAUACUUUAAGUGAUGUUUUUAGUGUCAUAGAAAAGAGUACGGAUUAUAAAUUGAUUGCUGGAAAUACAGGACAAGGAGUAUAUCACGUCCUGGAUUAUCCUAAGCUUGUCAUUGAUAUUUCUAACGUAACAGAUAUAAGAGAAUAUGUCGUGGAUGUUAAUCUAACACUUGGUGCUGGAAUGACUUUAACAGAAAUGAUGGAAUUAUUCCUUAAGCUUUCUGAUGACAACGUAGACUUUAACUACUUGAAGGAGUUUCAUGAUCACAUGGACUUGGUCGCUCAUUUGCCAGUAAGGAAUAUCGGAACCAUCGGUGGUAACUUGUACUUGAAACACUGCAACAAGGAAUUCCAGUCAGAUUUAUUUUUGCUAUUCGAGACUGUUGGAGCUAUGAUUACAAUAGCCGAAAAAAUGGACAAAAUAUCGACAAUGUACCUUACAGAUUUCCUCGAAACAGAAAUGAAGGGAAAAAUAAUAAUCAAUGUGAUGUUACCCCCCUUAUCAAGUUCUACGAAGAUCAAAACGUACAAGAUAAUGCCGAGAUCACAAAACGCACACGCGAUAGUCAACGCAGGAUUUCUUUGGAAAUUCAAACAAAAUUCAUAUACUGGAAAAGCGACAAUAGUAUACGGUGGAAUAUCACCAAACUUUAUUCAUGCGUCAAAAACCGAGAGUAUUUUAUCAAACACAGAUCCGUUCUCCGAUGAAACUAUACAGGAGGCAUUGAAGACUUUAUAUGAUGAAGUCAAGCCUGAAAACUCUCCAACAGAGCCAUCUGCUUCUUAUAGAAGAAUGUUGGCUGUUUCUUUAUAUUACAAAGCAUUAAUAAGUCAAUGUCCCGAUGAUCGAAUCAACCCGAAGUAUAAAUCUGGCGGUAAUGUUAUUAAGCGGAAUACGUCCAAAGGCACACAAACUUUCGAGACAGAUGAAAAUCUUUGGCCUUUAAAUCAACCUGUGAUGAAAUUAGAAGCUUUAGCACAAUGCAGCGGGGAAGCUACAUUUGCCAAUGAUUUAAAAGGAGAAUCAGACGAAGUAUAUGCUGCUUUUGUAACUGCUGACGUCAAACCUGGUAGUAUUAUUAGUGGCUUUGAUACUACAGAAGCUUUUAAAAUAGCAGGAGUUUCAGGAUUUUAUACCGCACAGGACAUUCCCGGAAAUAAUUCAUUUACACCAACCAACGCACCUUUGAUUUUAGUGAAUGAAGAAAUAUUGUGUUCUAAACAGGUCAAAUACUAUGGCGAACCAGCAGCGAUAAUAGUAGCGGAUAGAGAAAAAACGGCCAUUAAGGCUGCUAAACUAAUAUCGAUAAAAUAUGAAUCCAUCAAUAAAAAUAAACCUGUACUAACAAUUGAUGACGCAUUGAAAAGUCCAGAUAAAGAUACACGAAUAACCAAAAACAAUGUUAUAUAUCCCGUCGAAGUUGGUCAUGAUGUGAAAUGUAUUAUUUAUGGGGAAUUAAAUAUUGAAACACAGCAUCACUUUUAUAUGGAGCCACAAACUUGCGUCGCAAAGAAAACCGAAGAUGGCUUAGAAAUAUAUUCUUCUACGCAAUGGCUGGAUUUGGCUAAUAUGGCUGUUGCACAAUGUCUAAGCGUGCCCAUAAAUAGUGUGAACGUGAUCAUUAGAAGAGUUGGUGGUAGUUAUGGAGGUAAAAUUACAAGAUCUAGUCAGAUAGCAUGUGGAGCAGCUCUUAUUACGCAUCUAACUGGAAAAACAUGCAGGUUUAUUCUGCCUUUGCAACAAAAUAUGGGAAUUAUUGGUAAACGGCUCCCAACAAAAUGUAAUUUCGAAGUGGGUGUUGACAAUAACGGUGAAAUACAAUACCUUAAAAAUAUAUUCUAUCAAGACAAUGGAUGUGCACCGAAUGAAACGAUUAGUCCAGUGACUGCAGCCCAUUUUGUUGGGAACUGCUAUGAUAGUCGAAGAUGGUACGUCGAAGCUAAUAGCGCAGCAACUGAUAGCCCAUCUAACACUUGGUGUAGAGCUCCUUCUUCAACAGAAGCAAUAGCAAUGUGUGAAUACAUAAUGGAAAAGGUAGCAUAUCAUCUGAAUAAAGAUCCUUUAGAAGUGAGACUAACUAAUAUGAUGCAAGUCACAAAUCCUAUUCCACAAUUAAUUGACCAACUAAAAAGAGACUCGGACUACGACCAAAGAAUAAUUGAUGUGCAAAAUUACAAUAAGCAGAAUAGAUGGAGAAAGCGAGCUUUGAAACUCUUGCCAAUGACUUAUGAUGUCUUUUAUUUCGGGUCAUAUAAUUCCGUUGUAUCAGUUUAUCACGCAGAUGGGUCAGUUGUGAUAAUACAUGGUGGAGUUGAAAUGGGUCAAGGUUUAAACACAAAAGUAGCUCAAGUAUGUGCAUACAUUUUUGGUAUUCCCCUCAACAAAAUUAGCGUAAAACCUAGUACAAGCUUUACGAGUCCAAACGCAAUGACCACAGGUGGUAGUAUUGGUAGUGAAUGUGUGUCUUUUGCAACAAUGAAAGCCUGCCAGAUAAUAAUGGAUCGCCUCAAACCAAUCAAAGAAGAAUUGAAUGAUCCAAAAUGGGAGGAUAUUAUUAAAAAAGCUUUCAAUAACGAUAUAGAUUUGCAAGCGUCAUAUAUGUAUUCAAAUAAAGAUGGCUUAAAGCCAUAUGAUGUGUAUGGUGUAGUUGUGAUGGAGGUUGAAGUUGAUAUUUUAACUGGAAACCAUGAUGUGCUGAGAGUUGAUUUACUGGAAGAUACUGGCAGAAGUAUGAGUCCGGGAAUUGACGUUGGACAGAUAGAGGGUGCGUUCAUCAUGGGUCUCGGCUAUUGGACAUCGGAAAAAGUGAUUUAUGAUCAGGAAACUGGAAAGCUCCUAACGGAUCGUACUUGGACGUACAAGCCUCCUGGUCUUAAGGAUAUACCGGCAGAUUUCCGAAUAUAUUUCAGGAGGAAUUCCAACAACCCUACCGGAGUACUACAAUCUAAAGCAACUGGCGAACCGGCAUUCUCUCUAGCUGCAGUAAUAACUCAUGCUAUACGGGAUGCAGUUAGGGCUGCUAGACUUGACGCUGCCUACGAAGACCAAUGGAUUGAUAUUCCUAAUCCCUGCACGGUGGAAAACAUAUUUAUGGCUGUCGGACACAGAUUAGACCAGUUCGUGUUGAAGUGA